AUGUUUGAAGAUCCUGUCUACACAGGUAUCAGGCAUAAACGUGUACGUGAUGAACGAUAUGAUGAGUUGAUCGAAAAUUUUAUGACAGCUGUUGUAGAACGUUAUGGUAGCCAUUGUUUAAUCCAAUUUGAAGAUUUUGGCAAUCAUAAUGCAUUCCGUUUACUUGAACGAUAUCAACAAAACUACUGCACUUUUAAUGAUGAUAUACAGGGCACUGCAGCUGUAGCUGUAGCUGGACUGAUAGCCGCUGGUCGUAUAACACAGCGUAAACUUGCAGACAAUAUCUUUCUUUUCGUUGGUGCUGGUGAGGCUGCAACUGGCAUCGCUCAUUUAUUGGCUACAUCACUCCAGCUGAAUGGACUAACUGAGCAGGAGGCCUAUAAUAGAAUAUACAUGUUCGAUAAGGAUGGAUUACUGACCCAUUCACGUCAAGAAGGUUCACAUACAGAUCACAAUAAACUAUUUGCGCGUAAUGAUACAGAACAUAUACGUCAAUUGGAAGAUGCAGUGAAAACUCUCAAGCCGACAGCAAUUAUUGGCGCCUCUGGACAGGGUGGUAUUUUCACAGACAACAUCCUUCGUCAAAUGUCUAUGAAUUCUGACCGACCAGUUAUAUUUUCUUUAAGCAAUCCAACUUCAAAAUCCGAGUGUACUGCUGAGAAAGCAUAUAAAAUGACAGAGUCAUUCUAGGCCAUAAAUAUUUACAAAAUUAAUUCGAUCAGGUGGGUUCACGUUUGUUUAGCCUGAUCUCUUUCUAUUAGGGAUGCCUAUAUUUGAACUGUUUUACUUUAUGCUCUUUUUCCCGCGCACGGGUGAUAUUUCGUAUGACCCGCUAGCAUUUUGAUUGGCUCCCGUCCCUUUGAAUGUACUAAUUAUUCCUUGUUUUUCAAGCCUGUUAUAAAGUCAGCUAAUUUCCAGUUCUUUGAUUUCUCUUUGGGAAUCACUCGGUUUGAACCGUCUCAACCCUCGACUAUCAAUCGUUGAUUAUUGUAGUUCAAUCUCACAACUCCGCAUCAUAACACUCUCCCUAAUUUCGUGUUUUAAAAGUCAUCCCAA